CACAAAAUGUAACUGUUAUACAACAUAGAAGUAAUUGCUUUUAUAUCCCAGUAAACAUCUGUUAAUAAACAUCUGUUAAUAAACAUCUGUUAAGAAACAUCUGUUAGCAAUCUGAUAAUAAAUUGACAACAGGUUCAUAGUCAUCUGUGUUUGUAAUCUACUAUUAUUCUGUCGACAGAACCUGCUAACAGAAUUUAAUAACUGAUUGAUGACAGAAAGCGAACAAAAUCUGCAGUAUUUCUAUUUAAGAUUGACAGAAGAAUUCAAAUUUACAAUGGCCAGAUUGAUAUCAACUGUUAACGUUAAAGAUGUCGAACAUCUUGCUAAACUAAAAAAUAAUUGGUGGAAUGAAGAAAGCGGCCCAGUGAAACUACUUCAUCGAUACAAUCCAAUUAGAGUACAAUUUGUGAGAGAAGGUCUUGCCAAUAUUGGUUUCAAAGAACAGACCCCAAAGUUGCCAUUGCAAGGGAUUAAGAUAGCAGAUAUUGGCUGUGGUGGAGGUAUUCUAACUGAAUGUUUGGCUAGAAUAGGAGCUCAAGUAACUGGAAUAGAUCCAUCAGAAGAAUUGAUAAAUGUCGCUAAGCAGCAUGUAGAAUUAGAUCCUGAUAUAUCAAACAGAGUAAACUAUAUUUACACAAGCAUAGAAAAAUUUUCUGGUGAGAAUGAAAAGCUGUAUGAUGCUGUUAUAGCUUCUGAAGUUAUAGAACAUGUAAAUAAUCAAGAAUUCUUUGUAAAGGAAAGUGUAAAACUUUUGAAGCCUGGUGGAUCAAUUUUUAUAACAACACCAAGUAGAACUCUAUGCUCUUGGCUGGGUGGUAUUAUAAUGGCUGAAUAUGUUAUGAAUGUAAUACCUCGUGGUACACAUGAUUGGAAUAAUUUCAUUCUUCCACACGAACUUCAACAUAUAUUGGAAAAGAAUGGUUGUAAGACUAAAUUAAUUCAUGGAAUAACACUGAACCCUAUAAGCAUGCAAUGGUCUUGGUCAUCCAGCACAGCACUUUGUUAUGCUCUUCAUGCAGUUAAACAGAAGGAAAUCGAUACAUAACUUUGCCUAAUAUAAAAUAUUUGAUAUAUUUCUGUUAUAUAACUACAAUAUCUGAUACAAUAUUAAGUAAGAAAAUACAAUUAACGUAUGUUACAUGUAAUGAACCCAGAUAACAUAAUAUCUAAAAUCGGGACAUAAGACGUCUUAAAGAUAAUCUUUAAGACGCCUUAAAGACAAUUAUUCGUAAAUCGUCUGAAAGACAUUUUAAAGAUGAUCUUUAAGAUGUCUUAUGUCCCGAUUUUAGACAUUAUGUUGUCUGGGAACAUUAUAUUGCACAUUAUAUUUUGUUACAUUAAAAUGAUAUAAGUUAUAUUAUUGUGUUUACUAAAAUUUUCUGUUUUGAUUUACCAGUUAUUUGAUAUAUACUAAAUUGUGUAUUGGAAUGUAUGUACUAAGUAAUAAUAUUGUAAAACUGCUCUUACACACACACACA